AUGUUAAAUAAUCCUUAAGAAUAUGCCGCACAAAAAAAAGAUGCCUUUCGUUCUGAAAUCCGUAGAAUAGAUAGAGAACGAAUAUUUAAUUAAAAAAGGAUUUUAAUUCGUUAACAAAAUGAAAUGAGAGAAAAAGACGAUUUAGAAUUAACAAACUUAAUACCAUUAAUUUAAUAAUCUUAAUAGAAUCAAAAUAUUUAAGAAUUAAAACGACUUCAUCAAUUUGCAUUCAAUUCUAUUUCAACCAACAAUAUUAACUAAAUUACAUAGAAUCAAGAAUUUUUAAUUAAAAAUAAUUACUUAUAACAUAGCCUUCCAAGUUUAAUCAUUAAAGAAGUCUAAUGUGAUGUCAUUAGAACAUUAGCUAAUUCUUGUAAUCAUCCUAUGUUUUUAUAAUAAUAACCUUAAAAUCUUAUCCAAUCUUUAGAAAUUUCAUAUUAAUUACUCUUAUCAUUAACAGACAACUAAGACAUUAGUGAUGUAUUAAUUAUAAUAAUAUUUUAGAUUCUAAUAUACUUAGGUAAUAUAGCCAAUAAAUGGUCUGAAAUCUGCUAAUAUUUAGUUAAGAGUUUUGAUCGUUUAUUAGAAUUAAGUUCUUUAACUGACUGUAAUCUAUAUAGAAAUAUUUGUUUCUGUAUGCAUAAUAUAUGUUAUGUUAUGGAUAAUCAUAAUUUAAGUAUUAAAGAUGUAAUAAAUAUUAAUAUAUUUAAAUUAGAGAAUUACAUGUUUAAAAAUUUUAGAUAAAGGAGUUAACAGGAAUGAUUGUGAUUUCUUACAAAAUGAAAUAUUACAUCCUUUAACAGUAUUAUAUUAACAAAAUGAAGAAAUUGAUAAGUAUUUGAUGAGUUCAAAAAUAAUAUAAUAUGUUAUUUCUACUUUAAAAGGAGAAUAUGUAGAAACAACUUUAUAAGUAUUAAAAUAGUUUUCAUUAACAGAAACAAUAAGUUUUUCAAAUGUAUAUUUUAUAAAAUAGAAUAAUAGUUUCUAAUUGAAUAAAAUAUUUUGGAUAUAGCUUUAGAAUAUAGUAAUAAUCGAAAAAAGUAAAUUAGAAAAUUUUCUUUCUUAAUUGUUAUUAAUUUAGCAUAUAAUGAUUGUAAAAUCUCCAAUAAAAUUGUUAAACAUAAAAUUAUUAAUAGAAUUAUUAAUGGUUUAAUUGCAUCAGUUUUACAAGAAAAGUAAAAUUGUAUCUAAGUCAUAUAAAAUUUAUAAAAGACAGGAGACAAUACAGUGUUUUAAACAUUAAUAGAUUUAGGAACAAUUGAAAUUAUAGGAAAUUUUAUUGAAGAAGUAGAUACAGUGGUUUUAAAAAUCUUUGUAGAUACUCUUUGUAGAUUUUUAAACUACGCAAAAGAAGUUUAAUCAAUUAAAAUAAUUGAAGAUAUCAAAAAAAUAAAACCUAAAUUAGAAUUAAUUUAUAACGACAACAAAGAUCCAAAAUUUUAAGAUCUAUUUUAAUUGUUUUUAUAGCUCUUAUAAUAAUGA